GUUUUUGGAGAGCGACAGGCUCAAGCUCCGCACGUAGCAGCAGGCAGGCAGUGAGCAGGCGUGCACCGAUCUUGCGGAGCGAUGGCGGGUUUCGCAACGAUCGCCGCGCUCGACGAGCAUUCGUUUGUCUACGGCUGCUUGCACGAUGUAGCUGCUGCAGCACCAGCGGCCGCACCCGCAGCGAGCGGCGGCGCCGUCCCCGCGAAGUUGGUGGAGGAGUGCAAGAAGGCCGGCGAGGCCGUCGCCGCAGCCAAAAAAAGUGGAGCCUCCAAGGAUGAAAUUGCGGCCAAGGUCGAGAAGCUCCUAUCACUGAAGAAACAGAUCACCGCGCUCGACCCCACCCACUCUUUAGCAAUAGUAGACAAGAAGAAGAAGGCCAAAGCAGCACCUGUAGAAGAGAAGAAGGGCCUUUCCAAAAGAGAACAGAAGCGCCUCGCGAGAGGCGAGGACGUCAAGAAGAAGAAGAAGGACAAGGAUCCCAAUAGGUGGGCCGUCGACCCCGCGAAGGCCGCGGCCAAGGCCGAAAAAGCUAGACUGAAGGCUCUAGCUAAAGCGGAAGCCGAGAAGGCCGACGUCAAAGCAAUUGCACCUCCAACGCCGAAAGGAGACAAAAAAAUACUGGCCGAGCAGAUGUCGAGGACCUACAACCCGGGCGACGUCGAGGCCGCCUGGCAGGACUGGUGGGAGAAGUCCGGCUGGUACGGCUGCGACGAGAAAAAAGCGUUGAAGCGACCGGCCGACGAAAAGUUCGUCAUGGUACUACCGCGUGUGUGGAAAUCAAGUUCAAGCGCCCUUCAAUUUUUGGUGUGUCGCGGUCGGCGCGAGGUGUUUCUGUCCAUACUCGGUCGCGUGCAUCGCUCGGAGGUCGUGUCCGAGUUUGGGCCUCUCAGAUGACCGCGGUGCCGAGAUAGCGAGGGACGCGUCGCGUCGAUGGCGUAGAGACCUCGACGACAACCUGACUCACUGGUCGAUGUCCACACAGGUCAUCCCGCCGCCGAACGUGACUGGUAGUCUGCACUUGGGCCACGCCCUCACGGCGGCGAUCGAAGAUUGUCUCACGCGGUGGCACCGCAUGCGGGGCGACGCGACGCUGUACGUGCCCGGUACCGAUCAUGCGGGCAUCGCUACCCAAUCGGUCGUCGAGAAGAUGCUGGCCAAGCAGUCUCCGCCGGUCUCGAGGCAUGAUUUGGGGAGGGAAAAGUUCCUGGAGCACGUCUGGGCCUGGAAGGGCCAGUACGGUAGUCGCAUCUGCACGCAACUGAGAAGGCUUGGUAGUAGCGUGGACUGGUCUCGGGAACGGUUCACGAUGGACGAGCGCUGCGCCAAGGCCGUGACGGAAGCUUUUGUUAGAUUCCACGAGGCGGGCAUCAUGUAUCGGGCGUCUCGCCUCGUGAACUGGAGUUGUGCUUUGAAAUCAGCCAUCUCCGACCUCGAAGUCGACCACUUGGAACUCAAUGGUGGCGAGCUGCGGACGGUCCCGGGCCACGGCGCCACGAAGUACCAGUUCGCCAUGUUCACGGAGUUCGCCUAUAAAGUUAUAGGUUCGGAUGAGGAGGUCGUCGUAGCUACGACACGCUUGGAGACGAUGCUGGGGGACGUGGCCGUCGCUGUCCAUCCCAAGGACCCUCGCUAUAAACACUUGCACGGCAAGAAGUUGAAACACCCCUUCUUCCCUUCUCGUGUUGUGACAGUCGUAACCGAUGAUGUGUUAGUUGACAUGGACAAGGGCACCGGGUGCGUGAAGGUGACGCCGGCCCACGACCCCCACGACUACGACUGCGGGAAGCGGCACGCGCUGCCGUUCAUGACCAUCUUUUCGCUGGACGGGCGCGUCGUGACGCAGUGCACGCCGUUUUCGGUCACUGGUGCGGGGGACUACCCGGUCGAGGUGUUCCCAUCGUGGAUUGCCGGUCAGAUGCGCUAUGAUGCUCGAGUGUUGGUGGAGAAGAAGCUUGAUGAGUUGGGACUGUUGCGAGGCAAAAGCGAGAGACCGAUGACCCUAGCUGUGUGCUCUCGUAGUGGUGAUAUUAUCGAGCCGUUGGUGCAGCCCCAGUGGUUCGUGGACUGCACGGGGCCCGCGAAACGGGCCUGCGACGCGGUCAGGGACGGGUCUCUCAGAAUAAGACCGAAGAUGCACGAGCGGACGUGGUUCAAGUGGUUUGUUGCGGCGUCCUUGCAUCGACGCGUCGACGCCGUAACGCGCCACACCACGCAGGCUCGAGGACAUAAGGCCCUGGUGCAUCUCGCGCCAGCUCUGGUGGGGCCACCGGAUCCCCGCGUGGUUCGCGUUUCGGAAAGGUGAGUCGAGAAAUAACGUCGACGUCGACGCCGAACGGAAUAAGGAGCGGUGGAUCGUGGCCCGGUCGGAAGCACAGGCUUUAGCACAAGCACAAAAACUCCUGGGGACGAAGGACGUGACCCUAGAACGCGACGAGGACGUCCUCGACACGUGCGAUCUCGGCGUCCCGUCGUGUACAGGCGCCUUCACGCCGUCGAUGCGCGUCGUCUCCAUCAGACGAGGUCGUGGGUGGUCUCUUUUUCGAGUUUGAGGCCGUUCGGACCGUUUCCAGUGAAUACGAUGCUCCACACAGGUGGUUCUCGUCCGGCCUCUUCCCCUUUUCCGUGUUCGGCUGGCCCGACGACACGGACGAGUUCAAGGCCUUCUAUCCGACGCAGUUGCUCGAGACGGGCCUCGACAUCCUCUUCUUCUGGGUGGCCCGCAUGGUGAUGAUGGGGCUGCAGCUCACGGACAAGUUACCGUUCACGGAUGUGUAUUUGCAUGCCAUGGUGCGAGAUAAGGACGGCCGCAAAAUGUCGAAGUCGCUGGGGAACGUCAUCGACCCCCUGGAGGUCAUCGACGGGUGUCCCUUGGCGCAGCUCGUCGACAAGUUGAAGGCUGGGAAUUUAAGGGCUUCUGAGGUCAAGAGGGCGGAAGAAGCGUUCAAGGCAGACUUCCCCGAGGGCAUGCCGCGGUGCGGCACGGAUGCUCUCCGAGUAGGGUUAUUGGCAUACACGGUCCAAGGCCGGGACAUCAACUUGGAUAUUAAGAGAGUUGUCGGUUAUCGAAGUUUCUGCAACAAGCUCUGGAACGCCGUGCGGUUUAUGCUGGGGACCUUUGACGACUACAAAGCGUCAGAAAAUCUAUGGAGUACACUGAAACCUCUCGCGGGCCGAGACAAGUUCAUCCUAUCACGCUUAAGAAGGUGUGUCUUGGACGUCAACACGUGCCUCACGGAGUACAAGUUCGGCGAGGCCGUGCAGGCCAUCUACCACUUCUUCUUAGAUGAUUUAUGUGACGUUUAUGUCGAGCUCGUGAAACCCGUCAUGUACGACGACGAUAAAAAAGGUAAAGGUAGGGACGCGGCGAAAAUGGUCCUGUGGGCCUGCUUGGAUGCUGGUUUAAGGUUGUUGCAUCCGCUGUGUCCCUUCGUGACCGAGGAAUUGUGGCAGCGGUUACCAAGAACCUUUGCCGUUAGCUCAAUCAUGGUCGCGCCCUAUCCUACUCCGUCAGAAGUUGAUACGUUCGAUAACCAAGAGGCGGAGCGAGGCACGUCCCUAGUCUUGGAGACCGUCACGGGUGCUCGCUCGUUGCGAGCUCAAUAUUCACUAGCGAACAAGCCCGCGCACUUCCACGCCGUGUUUAGCAAUGAUGCGGAACGAGCAUCCAUACUAGAGGGGAGGAAGGACGACUGUAGCACACUCAUGCGGGCCGCGUCGGUCAGUAUCGGGAAUAAUGUGACACCUCCAAAAGGGUGCGGCCAGAAGCUCGUCGACGACAAACUCAGUGUCCUGGUGGACCUCAAGGGUCUCGUGGACGCGGAUGCCGAAAUCAAGAAGCUCCAGAAAGAACUCAAAACGGUCGAGCCGCUCGUCGCGAAAUUAGAAGCGAAGAUUAAAGACGCUCGUUACCUCGCGAAGGCGCCGGAGAAGCAACGGGUGCAGGACCGGGAGAAGUUGAAAUCUUAUGGCGACAAGGCGGCUGCGGCGCGUGCGGCCAUCAAGUCGUGGGAGGAGUUCAAGUCGGGCGGUGGUGAGGAGGAGGAGGAUGAUUUCUGGGCCGAGGACGACGAGGACGAUCCGGCGGCCGCGGCGGCGCUGGAGGAGGCCAAGGCCAAAGCCAUGGCCAAGCUCGCGAAGAAGGAGGCGAACCAGCGGUCGUUAUCUGUGCAUAGAUUAAAUUGUUGCGACGCGUCUCGCGACGCCAGCUCGAUGGCGUGGCGGGGUCUCCCACCCAACUUACCGGUUGAUUUACGCACAGGUCGUUAUGUAACCUCGAGAUCAAGCCCUGGGAGGCGGACCAGGACCUGAAGGCGCUCUACGCCAAGAUCAAGGCGACGGUCGUGAAGGACGGGCUCAAGUGGAGCGAGGGGUUGAAGUUGGUCGACGUGGCCUUCGGCGUGCAGAAAAUUAUCUGUACUGCGGUCGUCAACCAGAGCUUGUCCAUGGACGCCAUCAUCGAAGAAAUCACUGAAGAACUCUUCACGGACGAGGUCCAGUCCAUGAGCAUGACUUCGAUGUCGCUGCUCUAGUUGGCUAAGAGAUUUAGUUCAUAGU